CAAAAUCAACCUUCAUGCUCAAACAAGGUGCCUCUAACAAAAUCAGCCAAAAAGAUACUUUUCCACCUUUAUUCCAGUAAGUUUUGGAAAUGUUAAAGGGACCCCCUUAUGGCUGUACAGGCCCAGUGCAACAGCUCCUCUGGCUCUGACCCAGUCUGUUAUGAAGAAGGAUCAGGUCCAUUGGCAGUCAUUAUUAUCCCAAGCUUGCUGGCUCUCAGCACCCUGAUCAUUGUGUCUCAGAUCAUAUGGAGCUUUAUUACUAAAAGAUCAUCAGCUCAGAUUAUCACAGGUUCAUCUUUAAAUGUAAAUGAUGGGGAUGUCGCAGCCCGGAAUGUGUUGAUCGGUUCAGGGCUCUCUGUCAAAGUCUCUGGAUUGGAUUUGGCUUUUAAGAGUCGACAAUCAAAAACGGUGGACAACGAACAAGAAGCCAAUGUGCCGGUAAAAUGGCAGGCGCCUGAACGGAUGAUGAGGCUUCCCCUAACAGACAGGAGUGAUGUAUGGUCCUUUGGAAUCCUGCUUUAUGAGAUGAUAACCCUGGGGUCUCCCCCCUAUCCUGACCUGGAUCCAUCUGAAGUGCUGCCAAACAAUUUAGCCAAUUACCGGAUGAAAAGACUAGAAAACUGUGGAGCCCCAUUAUAUGACUUAAUAAAGUACUGCUGCAUGUGGAACUUCAAGGACCGGCCGGUCUAUUCUGCCAUUAUUCAGCUUCUAGACUCGUACAGCUACCUCGCUGACACAAAACCACUUCACUCUGAACAGCAUAUGGACAUCUGUGAAUACAGGAGGAAAGCAGGACUGCCUCCAUGAGCUCAUUCAGAGAGCUCUCAAUUGAUUGUUUCUACAACUGAUUCAGUUCCAUUAAGAUUGACAUCAUUUCCAGCUAGUUUGUAGAGAAUAAAGUGUAGCCAUGUCAUGAUGAGCACAAUGUCACUAGAGGUCGCCCUGUUUCUCAGAACUGGAGACCCAUUGCAUAGUGGUCAACUGAAAUUAAUCUCAAGGCUUCCCAGCUAAAAAAAAAAUGUGUUACUAAUGUAAAAUUAAAAA